AUGGACGAGUUGCCGAAGAUCAAACAAGAGUCUGCAAGCGCAAUUCAGGAACUUGUAGAUCACGUACAGAAGCACAUAAGGGUGCUACAAUCAAUGACGCUCCCCACGGACUCGUGGGGAGACCUAGUGUUAUACCUCAUCGAGAAAAAUCUGGACAGCGCUACCAGAAGGCGAUGGGAGGAGUACAUUGAGGACAAGAAGGACGUUACGACAACUACGAUGAUGGAGUUCCUGCAGCGGCAGAGCCAGUUGUUGCGGCGAUCGGCAGCGGAUGGCGGUACCAACGGAACGCGAACCGAGGUCUGCGAAAAGAAGGCUUCGAACAAGCAACUAGGUUCGACCACUAAAUUGCGCGGCAAAACGACGUUAGCAACGACAACCCAAGAAAAGAGAUGUUACCUGUGUCAAGGACAGCACCUCAUCUAUAAUUGCAAAACAUUCUUAAGUUUGGCUGUCGAGGACAGAAUUAAAGAAAUAAGGCGAUUAAGGUUGUGUCUUAAUUGUUUUCGAUCAGAUCAUUAUUCUAGAUCUUGCAGGUACGGCUCUUGUAAGGAAUGCGGCGAGCGGCAUAACUCGCUGUGUCACCUAAAAGAACAAGCGCGGAACCCGCCAACUAGGCCACCGAGGAGUCCGACAGAGAACCCGGAGGAAGCAUCCACUGGUACAACACUCUGUUCAGUGACGGAUGCCGUGAGAGGAGCAGCAACUGGCGACAUUGAGUCGUCUGGACAUCGUAUCCGAAACGAUUGCGAGCGUAAGCGAGUUUUAAUGGCAACAGCCAUAGUUAAUGUAAAAACGAGUAUAGGUGAAUCUCAAUUGCGGGUACUAUUGGAUAGCGCUAGCGAGCUUAACUUCGUGACGGCGGCUGCAUGCAAGAGAUUAAAUAUUAAACUAGAACCCAGUCGAGAAAAUAUAAGCGGAUUGAACGGUAUGAGCUGUGUCAUAACUCACGGUUGCAAGGUUUCAUUAAGAUCGCGGACAUCAAAUUUUGAGUUAAAUUCUUAUUGUUUGGUCGUUCCGAGAAUCACGAAAAAAUUACCUUCGUUUACAGUCGAAGCAUCCGAGUUGCAAUUGAGGAUUCCCGACAAUUUGAAAUUGGCGGAUCCGUUGUAUUUUAGUCCCGGUCAUAUUGAUGCGCUCAUCGGAAGCGAAUUCUUUCUUCAAUUGUUGGACAACGGUAAAAUAGAGCUAGGCGACGAUUUGCUUGCGUUGCAGAAUACAAAGUUCGGUUGGGUUAUAGCGGGUCCGGUACCGCAGCAUUUAAUUGCGGGUCGAGCGGACAAGGAUCAACCCUCAAGCAAUCAUACGUGUUUGUUGACACAGCAAGUACCUCUCGAUGAGACUCUCAAAACGUUUUGGGAGUUAGAGGAAUAUAAGAAUAAUAACACGCUAUUAUCAAGGGAUGAAGAACGUUGCGAGAAUUAUUUUGUAAACACUACUAGUCGAGAUGUGGCGUCCGGACGAUUCGUCGUUCGAUUGCCCUUUCGGGAAAACAGGGACCAAUUGGGUCGAUCGAGAAAUGUCGCCAUGAAACGAUUCAGCCAUUUGGAACGUAAACUUCAAGGAAAUUUAGAAUUUCGUGAUCAAUACAUUGAAUUUAUGCGCGAAUACGUUGACUUGGGUCACAUGUCUGCUGUUGACGGGGGCGAUGUCGCGUCGAAUCCGAUAUAUUUACCGCAUCAUGGCGUGAUUCGCAAAACAAGUUUAACAACGAAAUUGCGAGUCGUUUUCGACGCGUCGGCAAGAACCACUUCUGGUCUUUCUCUUAACGACACAUUGCUAGUGGGAUCAAAAUUGCAGGAUAAUAUAAUCGAUAUCGUGAUGCGUUUUCGUCUGCCGGCUAUAGCUGUCACAGCAGAUCUUCAAAAAAUGUACAGGCAAAUAUUGAUACAUCCAAACGAUCGCGAUUAUCAGAGGAUUUUAUGGCGAUUUUCUCCGAGCGAUCCAAUAACCGAAUAUAAGCUAAAUACUGUUACAUACGGUCAAGCAUGUGCUCCCUUCUUGGCCAUUCGUUGCGUGCGGCAGUUGGCGGAGGAAGGAGCUAAUGAGUUCAGCGAAGCAUCGAGAGUUCUGUUAAAUGAUUUGUACGUCGACGAUAUUAUUACGGGUGUCAAUUGUGAGGACGAAGCGAUACAAUUAAUAUCACAAUUAAAUUCGUUGCUAGGUAAGGGCGGAUUCGAGGCACAUAAAUGGCGUAGGGGAGAGUAG